CAAGUUGACCUCGUACACACCUGACACUGGCAUAGCAACAGUAAUCAUCCUUGGACAAUCUCGCUGAAAAGAACACAACCUAAAUACGUAUUUUUAUAUCCGAGGUAGUCGAUAAUUGUAGGAUUUCUCGGAUAUUGAGAUAGUGAACAUUGACUGCAAUCAUGUCUGUGCUAAAUCCGUCAAGAACUAUUUAUAAUUCAGAGGGAAAAUGUUUGCUAGAAAACUGGGUCGAGGAGCGUCAAGUGCAGGAGCGAGGCCUGGACAAAGUUCCCAGCAACAUGAAAUAUGAGAAUAAAUCUCUGCCGUUUAAGGAUGGUCACAGUGCAAUCCUGUCUACACCAAAAUAUCAAGAUGCAGGCACACCAUUAUCCACAUGCACAGAGUCAUACAUGCUACCAGAAAAACUCAAAGUCCGAACUGUUGGGAAGAAGAAAGAGUUAAUGGAGCGAGCCCUGUAUGCCAAAGUUGCCAAGGAAGUUCAGGAUGAGAUGGAUCAGCCACCGCCGAUGCCUGAAUACCAAUCGGUCACGCAGAAAGACUUUGAUGUUGAAGGAUUCGUCUCAGAGCUCCCGCCUCCGGAGUUAGAACACAACGUUGCCAACGAGCAGCCCGUCACCUUCUGGAGUGAACACAAACAGAAGAUUCCUGGAGUCACACAAAUGAAGACGUUAGACACACCGUUCAAGAAGAACACAUCCUUCAGUAAACCCAUCGACGAAUAUUUCAACGAAGCACAGCCCUAUGACAAGGAAGGUUACCCAUGGAUGUGAUGCUCAUGCUGUAUAGCUUAGGCCCCCCCCCC